AUGCUGCGCACCCUCGCCCGCACCGCAUCCCGCCACUCGUCCCACCUCGCAGUCCCCUCGUCCACUACUCGCCUCGCCGCCGUCCUCCCUCGCACCUCGACCGCCUCGACUCGAGCUCCUCCCUCUCGCCUCGCCCAGCGCUUCGCGUCGAGCACGACCCCGCACUCGAGCACCAUGGACCCUCAAGAAGUUGCAGCCCAGCACGAGCUCGACGACGGCACCGACGCCCUUUCCAAGGGCGACUUCCAGACCGCCCUCGCUCACUACAAGAAGAGCGUCGAGAUCAAGCAGACGUCGAUCGGCUACUACAAUCUCGGCGUCGUCCAGUACCAGCUGCAGGACCUCGCGUCGGCCAUCUCGUCGUUCGAGCUGUCGCUGUCGCACACGCCGACGGGCGUCAAGCCGACCCUGCCCGACCCGCUCGCGCCCCUCCCCGAGCUCACGCCGGCCCAGGUCAUCCUCGCCGACACGCACACCAACCUCGGCGCGGCCUACAUCCUGAGCCAGCCGCCGCAGCCGGACAAGGCGCUCGACCACCUCCAGAAGGCCCUCAUGGUCAACCCGGACGACGGCGAGGUGUGCUUCAACUUGGCCGCCGUCCUCGAGGCGACGGGCGAGCUCGACGAGGCCCUCGUCGCGUACGAGCGCGCAAAGAAGCUCGGGAUCCAGCGCGCAGACCUCAACAUCAAGAACGUCUCGAGCAAGAUCCUCGGCAAGCAGCGCGACGAGGCGGCCAAGACCAAGGCGGCAGGAGGCGGCUCGGUCGCCGCGACCGACGCGUCGGCGCCGUCGUCGUCGUCCUGA